AUGAACGCACGCCGUCAAUAUUCCGCCGAGCUCGAGUUCGACGAGCUUCCCGAUCCCAAGCGAGUGUGGGCUGGCACCCCAGGCAGCCGAGAGGAAGGCCUUGGUCGACUCGUCUUGCUGACAAGCGAGCGCACCCGCGACGCUGCCAAGGAGAUUGUGACUGGUCAACGUGUUGGUCUCAAUUGGGAUCUGAGGAAGCUUGAGUAUCCAGGCUACGGUCGAAUCUCCUGCGGCCAUCAGGUGGUGCCCAUCUUGGAUGGUGACGCCUUCGACGAUGUGUACACCAUCAACCCUCAGCAGAGCAGCCAGUGGGACGGUCUUCGUCAUUGGGGAAUAUUGUCAGAUCAAGAGCCCACGAGGCGAGAAUGGUACGGCGGCACGACCAAGGCCGAGAUCCUGGAUCGCACCAGUGACCGUAUUGGCAUCCAUCACUGGGCCCAAGAGGGUAUCACCGGCCGCGCCGUACUCAUCGACUAUGCGUCGUGGGCAGACAAACAGGCCAUCAGUUACUCUGCCUUUUCCCUCCACACUAUCAAGCUUCAGGACAUCAUCGCCAUCGCCGCGGAAUCCAGUGUCACGUUCAAAAAGGGGGACAUCUUGCUAGUACGAAGCGGAAUGAUCCGCGAGUGGGAGAAGAUGGACGAAAAAGCCAGGAAGGCUUACCAGGCCCUUCAGUCACCGCAUCAUGCUGGUCUUGAGGCCACCACGGACGUUCUGCGGUGGGUCUGGGACACCGGAAUAGCUGCAGUCGCUGGCGACGCCAUCUCUUUCGAGGUCUUCCCGCCGCUCGGAGACAUCAGCCUCCACGACUACUUCCUCGCUUCUUGGGGCAUGCCAAUUGGUGAGAUGUUCGAUUUGGAAAAGCUUGCCGAGGCAUGCAAGCAGCUUGACAGGUGGACUUUUUUCUUCGCCUCGAUGCCACUUAACAUGCCCGGUGGUGUGUCUUCUCCGCCCAAUGCGCAGGCCAUUUUUUAG